UCGGAACCGGACUACGAAGAUUUUUCGUCAUAUCGCAAUUUUUUAAGUUGCUCCAAUGUUCAAGAUUUGGAGUACAGCGAUCGUUGCGAAUAUGUGCGCGAAACACCAGAAUGUAUGGAUAAAAAGUACUUCUUCAACUAUAUUGAAAUAUUGUAUUGUUCCCUAAGACCCACAAGUGAUUCGCAGCAGAACUGGUUUCUUAUACUUUUGUUGUGUUUGUGCAUUUUGAUGUUUAUGAUUUUGGGCACCACAGCAGACAAGUUCUUUUGUCCCGCACUCGAAGUAAUGUCAAAAAUGUUGGGUUUAAGUGAACAUCUGGCCGGUGUCACCCUAUUGGCUUUUGGAAAUGGUUCACCGGAUUUAUUUACCAACUUGGCUGGAGCCAAAGAAUCUGCGGCUACCUUGUAUACGAACAUGUUGGGUUCUUCCAUUUAUGUUACGGCAUUUAUUGGAGGCGUUAUAUGUGUUAUACGUUCCUUUCGUGUUGAUGGCAGCAAUAUUUUGCGUGAUACCUCAUUUUUCUUAUUUGGAGUAUUGUUCAUUGAUUAUGCCAUGAAGGAUGGUAAAAUCACAACAUGGGAGUCAAUAUAUCUAAUAAUGAUUUACAUCGUAUAUUUGGCUACAAUUCUAUUGGAUCAAUAUCUACUAAAACGUCAUGUCCAUUCUCUAGAGGCAAUGGCUCUAAAUGGCAAUUUAUCAGCUGAUUCAUAUAAACAAUUAACCAUGUUCCGCCAAGAAGCCAAUAUAGACAUUAUACAUCGAAGCUCUCGUACCUCGGUGGAUAUUGAAUCAACUCGUCGUUCAGUUUAUGGCAAUCAAACGAAUGCCAAUGAAAAUCUCUUUCAACAAUUCUUAGAUUCUUUGAAACCCUUCGAGCUGGUAGACUGGCAUCAAGCAAGCUGCAUACAAAAAUCCCUCAUGUGCCUGAAAGCUCCUAUGACCUGUAUGUUGGUGCUGUUUUUACCAAUUGUUAAUUAUGAAGAGGAAAGGCAUGGUUGGUCCAAACUUUUGAAUUGUCUUCAAGUGAUUAUGACACCACAAGUUAUGGUUUUAUUGUUGUGUGAGAAAAGCUCUUGGUAUCUGGGACUGUACAGCUUGGUGGUGACCAUACCAUUAAGCAUACUUUGUUUCAUGUACACUCGUACGGAUGAACCCCCGAAAAUUCAUGCGGUUUUUGCUUUGAUCUCGGCCCUUGGAUCCAUGUGUGCCAUCUACUCGUGCGCUUCGGAAACUGUGGAAAUUCUAUAUGUUCUAGGCAUUAUACUAAAUUGCAGCAAUGCUUUUUUGGGCUGUACCUUAUUGGCUUGGGGAAAUGGGGUGGGUGAUUUGAUAUCUGAUGCUACUCUGGCCUUGCAUGGCUAUCCAAAGAUGGCCUUUGCAGCUUGUGUGGGAGGUCCCUUCUUCAAUACUCUCUUGGGCAUUGGCUGUGUUAUGCUUUUGAAAAAUCUAAACAGUGAGACAGGAUCUGCAACGCUACCCUCUGGUCCCUUGGGCGAAAACUGUUUUGUCUUCAUUUUGCUGAUCCUGUUUGGAACUCUUAUGUGGUCGGUGACCACCAAUUUUCAUAUUCGUCGUUGCAUUGGCGUCUUCAACAUCCUGCUGUACGGUUUGUUUUUCCUCUACACCGUUCUGGGCGAAUGUGAAGUGAUUCAAACAUAUGCGGAAAUAAGUCAGUAUGGUGCGGAAUAGUUGUUGUCACCCCGGCCUGACUGACCCAAAAACAAGCCUCUUUAUUAUUAUUUUUAGUUUUUCUUUUAUUAAUUACAUACAAUUGUUGUGUUUGUUGUGUUGUUGGUUGUUGAGAUGUGUUGUGUAUGUUGGAUUUCAAACUACCUUCUAAAAUUGUUUCCAUGACCCAGA